AUGGAACAAGCACAACAAGAAAUAGGAAUCAAAGUCUACAAUGCAACACCACCACCACAAGAAGCAAUGGCGGUCGCACAACAACCAUCCGAUCAAUCGAAACCGGGCAAAAAAGGCCGCGCCAUAAUGGCGAAAGGCGUUCAAAAAACCCUCUCAAAAACAUCCUUACUAGGAAAUUUUCUUCCAACCGGAACACUCAUCACAUUCGAAAUGGUCAUUCCUUCGAUCUACCAAAACGGAGAUUGUACUCAUGUUCACACCAUCAUGAUGCAUUUUCUUUUAACAAUGUGUGCACUCUCUUGUUUUUUCUUUCACUUUACCGACAGUUUUCACGAUGCUGACGGUAAAAUAUAUUAUGGUUUUGUUACCCGAAAAGGGUUGGCCGUUUUUAAACCGGGAAUUGCUGUCUCGGUUCCUAAUGACGACAAGUAUAAAUUAGGGUUUCAAGAUUUCGUUCACGCGAUAAUGUCGGUUAUGGUGUUUGUGGCGAUCGCUUUUUCGGAUUUUAGGGUUAGUAAUUGUUUGUUUCCUGGAUAUGAAAGGGAAAUGGAUCAAGUUAUGGAGAGUUUUCCAUUGAUGGUGGGAAUUGUUUGUAGCGGUUUGUUUCUUAUUUUUCCAACUUCAAGACAUGGAAUUGGAUGCAUGUCUGCCUAG